CAAUGUUUUCUAUUCAUUUUAUUGGCUUUAUCAGGUUCAGGAAAUGCUGCACAUUUGUACAGACCACUAUGACCAAGAGGAAACAAAGUCCAAGGACAAGAAGGAGAAAGAAAAGGAGAAGGAUAAAGACAAAGACAAGGAUAAGGACAAGGAUAAGGAUAAGACAGAAGAGAAGGAGGUUGACUUGUCUUCACAACAGGCUGUGGCUGUGCUUGGCAUUGCACUCAUAUCAAUGGGCGAGGAUAUUGGAGCCGAGAUGUCAUUCCGUCAGUUUGGCAAUUUACUGCGCUAUUGUGAGCCAGUGAUCAGACGAGCCGUUCCUCUAGCACUGGGUCUCAUUUCUGUGUCUAAUCCAAGACUAAAUAUCUUGGAUACACUGAGCAAAUUUUCCCAUGAUUCAGAUGCAGAUGUGGCACAUAAUGCCAUCUUUGCCAUGGGACUAGUUGGAGCAGGAACUAACAAUGCCAGGUAAUUAAGUUUUUUUUUUU